GUGCAGUCCCGCUGCUCCAGUCCAACAGUCUCAUUCCUCUCUCUCGCCGCAAACACCAGGCCUGUGUUUACUUUUGACAACAUCCCAAGGCCUGCCGUUGCCUUCCUCUGUCCGGUGGCCUACUGACGACGAUACAAUACUAGUCGCCAUCCUUACGAACGUGCCCCUUGCCUCCCCUGCACCAGCCAUCCCCCGUUGUCACCAUCUCAACUUCGACCACUGUCCUCAAGUCGAACCCACGAGGCCGAAUUCAACCUUUGCCAGUACCGAGGGCUGGCAUUUAAGGAGCCGGACUGCCGGAAACAGACCCAACCCCGACAGCGGCCGUGUCCCGGACAGGCAUUUUGCAUUCAAUUUAGCAUUCAGCACACGCUCUCCCAUCACCUGCCAGUUGCUUGCUAUACCUACCACUGCUGGCCGCCCCCCCGUGUCGACCUUCCGACCCUCCGGUCGUUUCUUGCUUUUGUCAACAGCAUCCGUUUUGCAAACCUGUGACAACCCAGGCAACCCGCGAUAUUGCCGACACCACCGACGGUUAAACCAUCCUCCUUUUUUCCCUGCACAUUCCCGAGCGCCAGUUCCGUUGCUGAAAUAUUGCCGGAAUUUCUUGCCUCCGCCGUUGGUUGUGAUAAAGUGGUAAGUACUUGGGUGCCGGCGAGACAGAAAUGCCGGUCGAAAUCCCCCCGAUCUGGUUUCGAGAACCUGAAAGAGAAAGAGUCGAGAACGCCAUCGAGACCCGGACCAGCACACCAUAUUCUGUCCACCUUGUCGGUGCUUGGGUUCUCAUAGCCUUAUCUACUGGUGCUAUCAGACUGGUGUGCACAGAUCGCUAACCUUAUUUUGACGUUAGCCUUUUACUUUUCUUGCGGGUACCAGACCAUUCUCUCGGCACCAGGAGCAGGCGAUUUUGCCUUUUUGUCCAGGGACUGAACGGGCUUUCAAAUCGUCAUCCUUGCAUCGGAGCAUCAUAGCACACAAUGCCCUAUACACCACCCAGUCACAGGUCGCCGGCCACAUCGGUCCCGACGUCGCCGGACGGAAGUCGUAGGCCAUCAUUCCAUCAACAAAGUCCCAGCUCACGCCCCGUCCUCCCUCGAUCGGCCUCGUAUCUGAUGAAGCACCGCCGUACUCCCUCAGCGUCGGCUCAGCGUUCAACAACCGAACCUACACCGGAAUCGACGUCCGAAGACCUGCAGAAGUUGGUUAUCAGCACCAGUGUGCGGCAAUCGCCACCGCCCAUCACAGGUGACCGAAGAAUGCCCAACGCCGCGAUAAUUUCCCCACCCGACUCAUCGGACGACGAUAUGCCACAAGCCAGAAAGAUCGAAAACCUCAAGGAGCUUCAGGAUGUAGCCAGUCAGAUUCCUCAGCAGCGGCCCAACUCCCCAUCCAAGGGCACGGUCACGGAUAACCAGGCGCCCGAUGCUGGCGAUUUGCUUGUUCUGCCGGCGCAGGUCAACGCUCUCGCUCAAGGCAUGCAUCAUAGCUUCAGCACAAGCUCUCUCGACGGUCUACUUGGGUCAAAUCGCCGUUUCUCUCACGCAAGAUCUCAGACAGAGCCGCAUAUUACCAUUAGCAAGUCGGCCAGCAGCUCGGCAACCGGUUCUGACGAAGAAUCCGACAGUGAAAUGCAGCGAAAGCCGCAGAUGGUUCGAAAGAAGUCGGGUGAAUUGGUUCGUCCGGCCCUGCGCCCGCCAUCACGCCGACGGCCGUCCAGCAUGCCUGGGACGCCCACGUUUUCUAAGGCUGUCCACUUUGACUCACAUCUCGAGCACGUGAGGCACUUUCUACAGGUGGAUCGUCCUCUGGCCGUCAGUGCAGGAUCGUCCCCGAUCGAUCAUUACGACAGUGACACCGAGUAUCCGUUUUCUGGUGACAACAGAGCGGCUGUUCGGUCACCUCCUUUCGAAUGGGAAAUUACCAUGCCGACCUUCCCUGUGGAGACCCCGGCACGCAAGUCCCAAACUGUUAGGCUGGAGCGGGUAUGGCUGUCCAAGGACCAGAAGUGUCUGAUCGGCUCAGUCGCCGUCGCGAACCUUGCUUUCCAGAAGAGUGUCGUUUGCAGAUUCACGCUGGACUACUGGAAGACAACAUCCGAGGUCGCCGCCGAGUACAUCUCGGACAUCCGGCCUGUUGAUACACCGUACCCUCAGGAUCGCUUCAAUUUUACCAUCAAGCUGUCGGAUCUUGCCAACUUGGAAUCCAAGACCUUAUACUUCUGCAUCAGAUUCAGCUUCAACGGGCAAGAGCACUGGGACAACAACAACGGGACCAACUUCCAGGUCGACUUCCACAAGAAGAUGCUUCCUCAAAACGGCAAGCAGGGAGUCAUUGGUGCCGCCUCGCGUCCGCUCAACGGGCUUCCCAAGAGCAACCGACGGCCCAGCAGUGCUUUAGCACAGAAGCCAAAGGUGAAGCUGACUGGUACAGAUGAAUUUGGCGACGGCACGAAGAUCAAUUUCGACCAGUCCAUUCAUGACUUUCUUGGGGAGUCGCGCACCGGUGGCCUUCGUCUUAAGGGGGUGAAGAGCGCCGCCAACCUCCCCAGUGAUAAUUUGCCCAGUCGUCUCGCCCCUCCUAGUGGGCAGGCAUUCGCCAACCGGUACGACUUUGGCGCCUCUCUUACCCUCGCCAUCCAGACGGCCAAGGACACCAUGGCUUCCAAGUCUGAUGGCUUAUACAUGAAGCCACACUGGAGAGCCGUCCCCCAGAUCAAUACCGCAACCACCAAGCCUGCCGACGUGAAGCCUACAGACAAGGCUGAAUCGUCGGCUCGGUCUGACAAGCCCGUCAAACCCGCGGCAGUUGUCACAGCUCCCCCGGUUGUGAAGCCCGCCACUGUGCCCGGCACCGACUCCCCUGGCACAAGCAUCGCAUCUGCCUCGUACGAGGAGCUGGUCAACAAAUACUGCUUUUUUGGCACGAAGCAAAGCAGCCCCUUGUACAGUCAUGACCCAUCGAGGCCUGGCCGCUUUGAUGGUGUCGAUGACGGACUCCGGUCCAACAACAGCAGCGGCACAUCAAGUUACGAAGGCAGUCCAGUUCAGAUGGGCAACUAUCAUCACUCCCACAGUGGCACUCAACACCACUCCCUGCAUCCCAAGGAUUCAAAUCCCUACUUCCAGCAGCACCCCUCAUUUGUGGCCAUGGGUGCUUCGCCGGCCGAGUCUCCCACCAUGGGCUUUCCGACACAGAGAACGGAUAGUACCCUAACGGGCCCGGCAGCGACUGCAUCGGGACAGAAGAAUGAUCGUCCCUCUGGGACUUUUGCCUCCUUCGCCGGUACGUCGCCGAACGAAUAUCCCUAUCAACAACAGAUGCCCGAUCGCUUUCCCUUCUUCGGGGCCGAGGCUCAUUCAGCGACAGCUAUCAGGGGUUAAUCGUGGAGUCGACGGAGCACAAUAGCACGGCUCAAAUGCACGCGCUCCCUCUUGAGCUGCGCACGCUCGAGGAACACGAGCUGAAUGUACACGUUGUCAGGCAGAGCGGACACCGCCUGGUGAACCAACUCUUUUUUUUGCUUUUUUCUUUCUACAGCUUUUUUCCUUCUCUUUUCCUUGCACGGCGCUGUACUGCAUAACUUGGCUGCUGGGCGUUCAAUGGUUACAACUUUUUUCUGGAGGCAUAACGAUGAUACGAGACUCGGGUGUACGAUAUAACUUGGGCGUCCACGCGGGUCUUGGGUCCUUUUCUUUCCACUUCAGCUCCGGUACAUUUGUGGAAGGGUUCAAAAAAAGGCGUUUUCUAUUGUCCAACUCUGCAUGGUCGCUUACAUUUUGGAAUUUCGGAGGCUGUCAGCAACAUGUUUGGCGAGGGGUGUCGACGGUUGGCUUGGCUUGAGAGGUUGAUGAGUUGUCCCCUGGCGGAGGGAAACGGGCAUGUGGUCAGUUCGGUCUCGACGAGGUUGAUGAUGUCUUGUCCCUUGACGGAUAGAGCGCACACAUGUCUGGUUCUCUUGGAGGGGUUGAUGGUUUGUCCCUUGAUGGACGGGAAUACGACCUGCGCAAUGUCGUACGAGCAUGUUUGGGAGCAGGCAGGAGGAGGGAUCUCAUAUAGGGAAAACUUGAGCUCGGAUAGAGCCGAGGGGAAACAGAACCAAGGGCGGGCUGGCGGAUAUUACGUUUUGGGGCAGGCUGGACCAGGUUGAGUCUGACGGAUGUUGGGGGGUGGGAGGACAAUACUGGACAGUUUACAGUGCUAUCACAAACCUAGAGAGCCCAGCCCACCCCGCAGCAAUACAAUUAUCAUGUAUUCCCACAACAGACUGCCGUGACCGUUUCACUUCUCUAUACUUUGGGACCAUAGCGUAGAUAGCGUGCACGACAGGAUGGACGGACAGGGAAAAGGGCAAAGGGCACGAUAAUAUGACAUGCCUGAA